AAGGCGGGCGCGCGGCCUGGCGGAGGGGGUCGGGGCCUGGCGGAGCAGGCACGUCCACGUUUUCUCUCUGUCCCAGGCGAGGAGCUUCCCCAGCUGUUUUUCGGAGCCGCCAUGUGGCCCGUGAUAUGGACGGCGGUGCGGGCUUACGCCCCCUACAUCACCUUCCCCGUGGCCUUUGUGGUGGGAGCUGUGGGCUAUCACCUGGAGUGGUUCAUCCGGGGCAAGGAGCCCCAGCCCGCGGAGGAGGAGAAGAGCAUCUCGGAGCGCCGGGAAGACCGCAAGCUGGAGGAACUCCUAGGCAAGGACCUCACCCAGGUGGUGAGCCUCAAGGAGAAGUUGGAGUUCGCUCCCAAAGCCGUCCUGAACAGAAACCGCCCAGAGAAGAGUUAAUGGAGGCUGCCGGGCUCCACGGGUACCCCCGGGAGACUGCCUGUCCCGACUCUGGGCUCGGCCCGCCAUCGCCGCUGCUGCGUUUUGCCGGCCUUCCCGGGCUCACGUUCUAAGGGCCGCCCGGGCCCGGAGCCCGCUUCCGGUUCGGUUCGGUUUAGUUCUCUGUCUUCUCGUUCCGGUUUCUCGUCCUCCGGUCCGGAUCCGUGCCCGCGGGCCCCCCGCCGCCCACGUCCCCCGGCCGAGCCCCCGACCCGCUCUCCGUGGCACCGGAGAGGAGACCGGGAAGGGUGCCCGCCCGCAGGCUGGGUGGCCCGGAGGCUUGGGCUCCUUGUUCUCGGCGGCCUGGUCGGGCUCCCCGUCCGCGCGGUCCCGCUGCCGAGGGAGGCCGGCGUCGCCGGAGACCCUUCGUCUCCCCAGAUCUUCCCAGGAGGCCCCGGGAUCGUCCCUGUGGUUAUUCCUCGAGCUGCUCAGAACCGGAGCCCGUAUGGGUCCUCGAGGCGAACCCCGAAUGCGUCCUAUCCUGGCCCCGCCGAAUCGAAGUCUUCCCGUGAUUCUCGCUUGGGGCCGGGGAUGAGCGGGAUCUUGGCCCGAACCCUUCUGCCCUUCGUUCCCCGCUGCUCCACCCCCCCCGGCCGACCCCCCGCCCUCGCCUGGGGGAGAACCGUCCUGGAAAGGGGAGAGCCGUCCCGGGCACGGCCGCGGGAUGGGGGCGCGCGCCCCGGCCUCCGUCCGUCCGGUGAACGGCCGAGAAGCGUCCCCGUCGCCGUGUGGCACGAGACCUGAUUAAACUGGAAUCCGAGAAUGGCACCCGA